UCAAACUCGGACUUUCAUGCCAGUUUCCUACCCGAAGACUUUUCUUGAUGCGUUUUACGUGUUUCUGGCCCAGGCUUUGCCCAGUCUUCCUCUGAACCCGUCCCCUCCCCAUCUCUCUCUCUCAUAUAUUCCCUUUGUUUUGUGCAACUCUCCUCCAUUCUUGCAGGAUUGUCUCCUUCAUUUGGUGGAAUUUCUGAGAAUCAUUGUUGAUCACUGUACAGUUCGGUAGUAUCGUGGUUUCAUUUGCAAGAUCGUUUACGCCAAAAAAAAUUAUCUUACUGAAGUCAGCAUAUUUAUCACUGCAAAAUGUUUGGUUUAAAGAAAUCUCCCGUGAAGAUUGCAAAACAUAAUUCAGUUGAUCCUGGAUAUGCUGCUCAUUCUAGUUCAAACCCUUUUGACCAUCACAAUGAGUUGGAUAAUAAGCAAAAACACAAUUCCUCGAGGAGGACUUCUUCUGAGCCUUCUUUAAUGACACCAAACUUUGGCACCAACCCUUUUGAUGAUGAUGAGCGGCAAACAACCUCCUCUUCGUCAUCUUCUUAUGCACUUACAUCAGCAGCGAGAAACAAGUACAAGAAUGAUUUCCGCGACUCAGGUGGAUUAGACAAUCAAUCUGUGCAAGAGCUGGAGGACUAUUCUGUUUACAAGGCUGAGGAGAAUACGAAGGCUGUCAACAGCUGCCUGAAGAUAGCUGAGGAAAUAAGAGAGGAUGCUACCAAUACUUUGGUCAACUUGCACCACCAGGGUGAGCAAAUUACCAGGACUCACAUGGUCACUAUUGACGUUGAUCAGAAUCUCAGUAGGGGUGAGAAGCUUCUUGGAAGUCUUGGAGGCAUGUUCUCUAAGACAUGGAAGCCAAAGAAGACACGCCCAAUUAGAGGCCCUGUUAUCAGAGGAGAUGAUUCAUCCCGGAGAAAGGGUAGCCACUUGGAGCAGAAGGAAAGGUUAGGAUUGAAUCCAGCCAAGGGACGGUCAAACACACCAAAUUCACUUGCUGAACCCACAAGUGCACUUCAGAAAGUUGAGAUGGAACAUUCAAAGCAAGAUGAUGCACUGUCUGAUCUGAGCAAUAUAUUGGGUGAUCUGAAGGAAAUGGCUAUUGACAUGGGCUCUGAAAUUGAGAGCCAGAACAAGGCUCUGGAUCCUUUCGAUGAAGAUGUCGAUGUGUUGCGCAGACGGGUGGAUGGUGCAAAUCAACGUGCUCGUCGUUUACUGGGAAAGUAGAGUGCAGAUUCAUUACAGUUGCUGCUGAUACUUCCAACACUCUCCUCUCCAAUACCCAAUCACUGCUGUCGAUUUGUGGACAUAUGAAUUAGACGACCUUUGGUGCAUUUGGUGUUUUCAUGUAUUUUUGCCACAGUUGAGAGUAUAGCUAUGAUAAUGUACUAUGAUCUUAUGGGGGUUGAAGUCUUGGUCUACAUCUUUUGCAAUUUAACUUCCUAUGCUUUUUUGCCAAAAAAAUAAAAGUGCAUUUAGUUUUUA